UACAGGAGUGCUUCUCAGUGCACAUUCAGUAGCCAGUGGUGGGUGAUCUGGGGAUACUUAGCCCGAGCUACUCGAGUAUCUGGUGUCCCACUGCAUAGGAGCUGCAUGACCCGGGGACGGUGGUGUCACAGCAUUGAGAAGGUCUCAUGAGAUGGCCACAGAUGACAAGGCCUCACCAACUGUGGAAUCUGUUAGCGAACUGCCCAGAUCUCCAAGCAGCCCAUCCCACCUUACUCAUUUUAAACCUCUGACACCUGAUCAAGAUGACCCACCAUUCAAGUUUGCAUACAGCUCCUUUGUAAAUCUCUUUCGUUUCAGUAAAGAUGAAGUCAGACCUGCUUCGUCCACGGAUAGAGCAGAUUCUGGAACCAGUGACCCACCACUGAGAAACACGUGGUCAAGCCCACAUCAUUCACCCAGUUCACAAUCUGUCAGGUCCCCAGUAAUCUACAAGAGGCAGCCUGAGAGAAGAUCUUCCAUUGCUUCAGAAACUCGAAGAAAAACAGAACCACCUCUGGGUCAUGAUCCACGCACUGCUGUCCAGUUGCGUAGUUUAACUACUGUGCUGAAGCGUCUGAAAGAAAUCAUGGAAGGAAAGAGCCAGGAUAGUGACUUAAAGCAGUACUGGAUGCCUGACAGUCAAUGUAAAGAGUGUUAUGACUGCAGUGAGAAAUUUACCACAUUCAGAAGGAGGCACCACUGCAGACUUUGUGGGCAGAUCUUCUGCAGCCGCUGCUGUAACCAGGAGAUCCCUGGGAAAUUCAUGGGAUAUACAGGGGACCUCCGAGCUUGUACUUACUGCUGUAAGAUUGCAAUAAACUACGCUCACUCCACUGAUAGCAUCAGAGAGGAUCUAAAUGCUCUCUCCGAUAACUCCUGCUCUGUGUCUCUUCUGGAUCCUGGGGAGCCCCGAACCCCUGUUGGAGGAAGAAAGUCCAGUCGUAACAUUUUCUUAGAGGAAGACUUAGCUUGGCAGAGUUUGGUUCAUCAAGAAACAACAAAGCCAUCACUGGCAACACGUUUGGCAUCAGUGCAAGAAGAUGUUGGGAAAUCUCCUGCAAGAAACAGGUCUGCAAGCAUUACAAAUCUAUCCCUGGAUCGCUCUUGUUCACCGAUGGUUCCAGCUUAUGAGUCUUCAGUUAGUCCACAGGCCUCUCGAACCUACCUGAAAAAUGACACCAAUGAGGAGGAGCGCAAGAUUCUUUUGGAUUCUGUUCAGCUGAAAGAGCUGUGGAAGAAAAUAUGCCAUCAUAAUAGUGGUAUGGAGUUCCAGGACCACAGAUACUGGCUGCGGACACACCCUAACUGCAUUGUUGGAAAGGAUCUUGUCAACUGGCUGAUCAGAAAUGGGCACAUAACUACCAGAGCACAGGCUGUUGCAAUUGGACAAGCCCUUGUAGAUGGACGCUGGUUGGACUCCGUCACCCAUCAUGAUCAGCUAUUUCGGGAUGAAUAUGCGCUGUACAGACCUCUUCAGAGCACAGAAUUUUCUGAAACACCUUCGCCUGACAGUGAUUCUGUAAACUCUGUGGAAGGACAUUCCGAACCUUCUUGGUUUAAGGACAUAAAAUUUGAUGACAGUGACCCAGAACAAAUUGCAGAUGAAGGGGAAGACAACUUGACCAAUUCCGCCAGUCCUAGCAAACGCACGUCGGUUAGCAGCUUCCAGUCCGCUAUGGACAGCGACUCGGCUGCUUCCAUCAGCCUCAAUGUGGAGAUGGACAACGUCAACUUCCACAUCAAGAAGCAUUCCAAGUACCCACAUGUACCCCCUCACCCUGCUGAUCAGAAAGAAUUCCUGCACUCAGAAGACGGAGGACAACAGAUCAUUUCUAUAAGUGAUGCUUUCAUCAAAGAGUCUCUCUUUAAUCGUCGAGUGGAAGAGAAAUCCAAGGAUCUGCUUUUUACUCCCUUGGGCUGGCACCACAACAAUCUGGAUCAACUAAGAGAGGAGAAUGGGGAGAAGCAAGCAAUGGAGAGACUUCUAUGGCAGCCCCUUUGGCUCACAGUGCAACAGCGCACAUGGAAGGAGCGGGAGUUCCUGAAGAAUUAUGUUCAGAGAAUUGUUGAUGUCCGUCCCACAUUGGUCCUGGUGGAGAAAACAGUGUCCAGGUUAGCUCAGGACAUGCUACUUGAACAUGGCAUAACUUUGGUUAUUAAUGUAAAACCGCAAGUGUUAGACAGAGUGAGCCGGAUGACUCAGGGUGAUUUGGUAAUGUCAAUGGACCAACUGCUUACUAAACCUCAGCUCGGCACCUGUCACAAGUUUUAUCUUCAGGUGUUUCCACUGCCUAAUAAUGAAACAAAGACUUUGAUGUUCUUUGAAGGUUGCCCACAGCAUCUAGGUUGUACCAUCAAGCUACGUGGAGCCUCAGAAUAUGAGCUAGCUCGUGUAAAAGAGAUAAUUAUUUUCAUGAUCUAUGCAGCUUAUCAUUCCCAACUUGAGAUUUCCUUCCUUAUGGAUGAGUUUGCCAUGCCACCAACAUUACCCAAAAGUAGCUCAUUCCACUCCUUAAUUGAAGGACAAGGGGACAGUAGUGGACAGAAAGAUCUCUUCAAUGGCUCAGACUGCAGUGUUAUUAAUUGGGAAUCUGACAUCUCCUCCGAAAAAUUACCUGUGAUUUCAGAGAACCAGUCUUUAGAUGAUAUUGACUUCUUAGACCAAAAAUCUUUUUCUGAUGAGAAAAUUGAGAUAGACAGUAGGAGUCUUAAUGGGCAUUCGUCUAUGAUACAACAGGACUCACCUGCAUCCUUACCAUCAUCAUCUAUUCUCUCUUCUGGGUUAGAAAUUGAACCUGAACUGUUGUCGCAAAUGUGCCUCAUACCUGGAAUUUUAAAAGAUGAUGAUGCAGAGCAGUCUCAACAAGAGGAAGAUCUGCAGGAACCAACAAAUCAAAUGAGACUUUUCAGAGAUCCAUUACAAGAUGAUACUGGGUUAUAUAUAACCGAGGAAUUUACUCCAUCAGAUGACAGGCUUAAAAUGCAUUCUGUGGUGUUUAAACAGGAACUGAAAGAUGUCAUUUUAUGUAUUUCUCCAAUUAUUUCUUUUAAAGAACCAUUCCUACUAACUGAAAAGGGCAUGAGGUGUCCCACCAGGGAUUAUUUUCCAGAUCAGGUCUACCAGUCUCCAUUGUUAAACAAGGAAUUGAAGGAGAUGGAGAGCAGGAGGAAAAAACAGAUGUUACGUGAGUUUUCCAGCCUUAAGGGACUGAAUGGAAGUAUCCAAGGAAAAGCAACAGACAUGUUGCCAUCUCAUGAGCUGCUUAGCUCAAAAAUAGCUGAGCACUGGGGUGACAGCCAGAAUUUGGCUAGAAUUAUAGCUGACUAUCGAGCACGGGGUGGUAGAAUACGUCAGAAGGAUGUUGAUCCAUUUGUUCAAACCACUGAUGUGCCCAGUGGUACUGUUAAUAAAAAUGAGAGUAAGAAUGACUCUGAUGAAGAUCGGAUGUCAGUUCACAAUGAGAUGCCAUGGAACUCAAAGAUCGACUGCUUAAGCACUUUAAAUCAUCAACGGCUGUGUGUCCUCUUCAGCAGCUCUUCUGCCCUGUCUAAUAAUGCACCUAGCUCCUGUGUUAGUCCAUGGAUCGUCACCAUGGAGUUUUAUGGUAAAAAUGACCUGACACUAGGAGUGUUUCUAGAGAGGUAUUGUUUCAGGCCUUCAUAUCAGUGCCCCAGUGUAUUUUGUGACACUCCCAUGGUGCACCACAUUCGGCGCUUUGUGCAUGGAAAUGGCUGUGUUCAAAUUAUAUUAAAGGAGCUGGACUCUCCAGUGCCUGGAUACCAGCAUACUAUCCUCACAUACUCCUGGUGCAGAAUCUGCCAGCAGGCCACCCCUGUUGUGCCUUUGUCUAAUGACUCCUGGUGCAUGUCCUUUGCAAAGUAUUUGGAGCUUCGGUUCUAUGGUAACCAGUACACACGAAGAGCCAAUGCUGAACCAUGCGGACACUCCAUACACCACAACUACCAUCAGUACUUCUCUUACAACCAGAUGGUAGCUUCCUUCAGUUACUCUUCAAUCAGACUUCUUGAAGUUUGUGUUCCAAUGCCAAAAAUUUACAUUAAGCAGCACACGCCAGCAAAAGUAUCAAUGCUUCAGGAUUUAAAAGAGUUCUCACAAAAUGUAACACAGGUAUAUUUAGCAGUGGAUGACCGACUCACGUCCCUCAAGACUGAUACAUUCAGCAAAACAAGAGAGGAAAAGAUGGAAGAUCUCUUUGCCCAAAAGGAGAUGGAGGAGGUUGAGUUACGGAACUGGAUUGAGAAGCUCCAGACAAGACUGCUUAACUCAAACCUGGACACUCCUCAUCAGCUCCAGUCUGUGUUUGAGUCGGUGAUAGCUAAGAAGCAGUCUUUGUGUGAGAUGUUACAAGCUUGGAACACCAGGUUGCAAGAUCUUUUCCAACAGGAAAGGGGGCGUAAACGUCCUUCUGUGCCUGCCAGUCCUGGGAGAAUGCGACAAGGUGAUGAAAGCAAGAACAGUGCAAUUGACUCCUCACCACGCAAUUCCUCUCCAGCCCAGAAUGGUGAUAGAGAAGACAGGUUUAUGAGCACGUUAUCCCAGAGCUCCACUACCUCGUCCCACUUGCAGCUGCCCAGCCCUCCUGAGAUUACAACUGAUCAGAUGUUUUCAGGAACAACAAACCCUACAGAAAUGGAUACGACCAGCAGCUGUGAAGAUGUAUUUGAUGGACAUUUGUUGGGGUCUACAGACAGCCAGGUGAAAGAGAGGUCAUCUAUGAAAGCCAUCUUUGCUAACUUGCUUCCAGGCAACAGCUAUAACCCUAUCCCAUUUCCUUUUGACCCAGAUAAGCACUACCUGAUGUACGAACAUGAACGAGUUCCUAUUGCUGUGUGUGAGAAAGAGCCCAGUUCAAUCAUAGCAUUUGCUCUCAGCUGCAAAGAGUACAGAAAUGCUUUGGAUGAGCUAUCAAAGAUAUCACUGAAGAACUGCUCAGAAGAAUGCUAUGUACCAAACAAUGUGGAUAACCGACCCAAAAUUAGCAGUCCUGCUAGAACAACAGAAAAUAGCACCACUCUGCCUAGCCGUCCUACAGAAACAGAGCCUCUGAGCAAAAUGGCUUCAGGAGUCUUAUCAUUCUUCCGGGGUACUGGAGGAAAGAGUCCAGACUUGUCUGCACAAAGAAAGGAAACAUUGCGGGGUGCAGACAGUGCAUAUUACCAAGUAGGGCAGAUGGGCAGAGAGGGAGGAGAGAACCAAGGAGCCGAAACACAAGAUGACACUGAUGGAGGCGAUAAGCAUAAGAAGCAUUCAGGAAAUCCACAUGUAGAAUUGCAAUUCUCUGAUGCCAAUGCCAAAUUCUACUGUCGCAUUUAUUAUGCUGGGGAAUUCCAUAGGAUGCGUAACGUUAUUUUGGGAAGCACAGAGGAUGAUUUUAUUCGCUCCCUUGCACACUGCUUGCCAUGGCAGGCUCGUGGAGGAAAGUCAGGGGCAGCCUUUUAUGUUACAGAAGAUGACCGGUUCAUUUUGAAACAAAUGCCUCGUUUGGAAGUUCAGUCUUUCCUUGACUUUGCUCCACACUAUUUCACUUAUAUUACAAAUGCUGUACAGAUGCAGAGGCCAACAGCUUUAGCAAAGAUUCUUGGAGUGUAUCGGAUUGGCUACAAGAAUUCACAGAACAACACAGAGAAGAAGCUGGACCUCUUAGUAAUGGAAAAUCUUUUUUAUGGAAGAAAAAUGGCACAGGUUUUUGACUUGAAGGGGUCCUUGAGAAACCGUAAUGUGAAGACUGACACAGGAAAGGAGAGUUGUGAUGUUGUGCUGUUGGAUGAAAACCUUCUGAAGAUGGUGCGAGACAACCCUCUGUACAUCAGAUCUCACUGUAAAUCUGUCCUGAGAGCUUCUAUACACAGUGACUCCCACUUCCUCUCCAGCCAUCUAAUCAUUGAUUACUCUCUCUUGGUUGGCCGAGAUGACACCUCAGAUGAGCUUGUAGUUGGAAUCAUUGAUUAUAUACGGACAUUUACAUGGGACAAAAAGCUAGAAAUGGUUGUUAAGUCAACUGGAAUUUUAGGAGGUCAAGGGAAAAUGCCCACUGUCGUGUCUCCAGAGCUAUACCGGACAAGAUUCUGCGAAGCAAUGGACAAGUAUUUCCUUAUGGUUCCUGAUCAUUGGACAGGCCUUGGUGGGAACUGUUGAAGAACUAAACAGAACAUUGUACUAUGAAACUUCUUGCACAAAAAUGACAAUUACACAACUAUCACCUAGGCCUUUUCUAUCAUCAGAGUGUUUUCUUUGCAACUGAAAAGGUUCUUCAUUUUCAUGUUUAGAAGCCUCUUCCCAUUGAAUUUACUAAGUGUGAACUAGAAGGGCUGUAUAUGAAUCAGGACAUCAUGGCAAUGUAAAUCUGGGAACAGCAUUUAAUGUACAAUUAUUCAUAAAGCAAAAAAAAAAGACUAACCGCAGAGAUUGUUGUUCCAUUAUCGCUAUUUAAGCACUGAUGUUUCCAUGAGCCUUUUUGUUUGUGGAAUAGCAGAGACUAUGUAAUCACUAAAUGUGACUGCUGUGCAGCCAGCAUCCUGAAUUCCUGUGGCACAUAUCUCUUGCCUUCUGAGUUCUGUUUUUCAGACAGCAAUAUCAGGAAGGCAUGGGGUGGUUUAUAUUAUUGCUGUAUAUCUUACUGUUAUAAACACGGGUAAGAUAAAGAAAUACAUAGUUACUUUUGUAAAUGAGUCAAACUCUGAUUUUGAGGACAGCUCAUAACAAAAAAGGAAAAACACUCCUUUCAAUGAUACAGUACAAAUGAAAGCUUGAUUGUUCUAAGUAACCUUUCUGAAUCUGAUCUUAUUUCUGCAUUGCUUCAAUACUGAGCUGCCAUUAGCGCUUACUAAAAUGGAUAAUAAUUACUAUACCAUUCAAAUGUUCAGUUGAUUUUCAACAACCCAGUUUGACAUUUAAGAGCAUUAACAUCUCCAAUGUAAAGAAAACCCUGGUUAUUUGCAUUUAAUAGAAUAUACAAUAUACUACCUCAGUAGUUAUUAGUCAUCAGUAUACCCACAUAACAUGUAGAAGGUUUUUAUUUCUUCAUCUGUAUGCUAGUCACCACUAAGCCUGAUGGAACACCUGGUGGAACUGAUAAGCUAUGUUCAAUUAAUACCACUCUGUUACUAAUUAGAUAGUUUUACUAAUUUACACUGGUCACUAAUUAGGGUUUCUGUGUUCUGUAUUCUAAGGCAUUUGUGACUGGACUUCCAGCAAGCAAAACCUUUACACCAAGAGUUUUAAAGGAAAAAGUAUGAGAAUACAUAACACAAAGUGAUGUUGCACAGAGCCUUUAUCAUCAUUUGACCAUCAGUUAAUUAUAGAAUAUUUCUAAUAAAUAAUAAAUAAAACUGAAUGAGCUUUUUCACAUUGCAGUGAAUAUACAAUUUCUCUGACUGUAUAGCUUUGUAGUCAAUCAGAAUGUAAAUUCUAAGUAGCCCCUACAUUAUAUUAAAUUAAUCUUCACUAGGUUUGUAAUAUAAAGUUUAUGGUUGGCAUGUAGAUAGUUUUUAUUGUAAUUUUUAUAGGGAAUGCAGAGGGUGUUGCUUUUAUUUUUCAGUGAAGAAUGUAUUUUGCAGAACACAGCUCUCAAAUUUGCACAUAAAUAUUGAUCUAGCUGGUGGCAUCUUACAAGUGCAAUAUUCAAAUACAGUAAAUAAAUCUUCAAAUUCAGUUUAAUGCACAGUUUGUGAUAGCUGAAAAUCAUAUUUUUUUUUAUAACUACUGUCUUAAGACAGUAGUUGUAUAUGGGAUAUAGUUGUUUUAUCCUUAGUAAUAUUACAGAAACAAACCUCAAGAUGGUGCUAAGGGAUUACUCUUUAUUGUGCACGUGACGGCCAGUUUAUUAGAUUCAUCAGGUGCUUGACAACUUGUUUAUUAGGGAAGUUUUGUAAAAGUAUAAAGAUUAUCUUUAUCAACUCAUUGAACAAGUCUGAGAGCAUCUUGUAUGUAAUUAUUCAAGUCUGGGGUCUUAUGUGAUAACUGAAGUAUGAUCACUUUGUGACAAAUGAAGUUUUUUUUUUUUAUUUGUAUUACUUUUUUAAAUGUGAUGUACAAGCUAUGUAAUUGCCAGGGAUUGCUGUUAUAUUAGCUAAUUGGCAUAAUAUAAGUUUGAACUGCAGCAGUGCCGGUUAACCUCCCUGUUUGGCUUAUAUAUUUUUAACUAACAUUUCUCAGUAAACAUUUGUUUGUUUAUGACCAUCUAGGAAAACCUUUAGUCCAAGAGGCAGUGAGACCCCCUUAAGAGUUUGUCAGUUGUUUUAUAUGAGAUAUAAAACAAAUGUAUGUUUUAUUAAUGCUUUUACAUACCUAUAGUCUGUAAAGUUAUUUACCUUAGGGAUGUUUAACAUGGUAAUAUUUCACUGCUGCAGCUUCUGAGAUGUGUAUAGUACACAAUAAUAUGUUUCUCUCAAUACUGAGAAUAAUCAAGCACGUUGUAGGUUGUGAUACCUGUUGAUUAAAGGGACAUUAAACACCUCUUGCAUUGGUGUAAAAAAAAAAAUUGCUUGUCCCACACUCCCUAGAUACCAAAAAGCAAAAUCUGUAACCUGCAAAUUGCCAAAGGCGUCUCUUUGAUUUGCUGGGGACAAAAUAAUUUUUCUGCAUCUCUAGAGAGGGUUCCACAAGCAUGGAUUUUAAACAAAACCAAGAAGUGUUUAAUGUCCUCUUAAGAACUGAAUUUAAAGCAUAAUAUUGUUUAAAAAACCUUAAAGGAAUUUGUUUAAGCUCAGUCUGUCAUUUUGUUAUCUCCAUCUGAAACUAUCUGUGGAUGUUGGAAAAAAGCCAUGUUAAUUCUAGAGUGGGUGAUUUCAGGUGUUCUUCCCUGUUGAUUGAUGCUUACAAGGUAUGGCCAUUAUGUUGCAUAGCUCAAUUUCCCUUACAAUUACCACGAUGGCAAUCGAACAAUCUUGAUUUUUAAGAGCAAGUUUAUUGCUGCAUUUAUCCCAGAAUGAGUGAUAUUAUUUUCAGGUUUGAUGGGUUUUGGAGAACCAGUUUUUCGGUCUAAUAGUGUAUUCUGGUGAGCUAGGUAUUUAAACUGCAGAGCUUGUCUUUGUCCUACUGAGCACUAUAGAAGCCUACAAAAUGACAUGGCUUUGAACAACGUAAUAUAUUUACAAUGUGCUUGAAAAAGAUAGAGAUAUAUAUACAUAAUAAGCUUGCGUUGGACACUUUGUUGGUCUUUUCUAAAGUAGCCUUUCUGAAAUGAAUAGCAAUAAGCCAGAAACUGAGCAUAUUUAAAACACAAGUUUUUGUCCCUUACAUCAAAAUAUGAUUUAUUAUAUUAUGGUCCCUUUCACAAAAAGGCACCCUUCUGAUGGCCCAAAGCACUGAUACUAAUCAUUAGAGGAUAGCAUUUAACUGGAUGACUACAUCCUUAUUUUAAAUAUGUUUUUAUGUCUCCAUUACAUUAUUUAUCUCGUGACAGUCUGAGAAAUGCUUCUGACUGAAUCACAGAUGUAAAAGCUACUUAAACAAUCCACGUACACAAUUCUUACAUUUCACAGAAAGCUGUGAUUUGAUAUAUUACCUAUCAUUUCUUUAAAGGAAAUUUUAAGAAAUUUGUAAUUUACUUCUGUUAUCAAAUUGACUUUGUUCUUUUGGUAUCCUUUGUUGAAAAACGUACCUAGGUAGGUUCAAGAGUAGCAACACUUUACUGGGAGCUAGCUAGGGAUUUUUGCUAGGCACAUGUGCCUCUUGUCAAUGGCUAAUCAUAUGUAUUCAUCCCAGUAGUAUAUUGCUUGCAUAUAAUUGUGUUUAACACCUGCAAAAGGGUUAAAGUCAGCUCCGGAGUGGCAGUGCACUACUAGUAGCUAAACACAUCUAGUGAGGCAAUGACAAGACACUUAUGUAUAUAGCCACCAGUCACCACCUAGUAGUGCACUGCUGUUAUGGAGCCGACAAUGCAUUUGUAGGGUUUAAACGCCGUUAUACCCUAGCAGCAGUGUAACUAUAAAAUGCUGUAACAUGAUAGAGCAUUUAUCUUAUGCACUUUUUAUUAAUAUAAACUGAAUAAAUACACUAAUUAAUAGGCACACAUAUUAAUUCACUAAGAAUAAGAAAACUUUGUAGUGAAAAAUAAAAUCUGUCCAAUUCAGAUAACAUUCUGGAAGAUUUGCUGAAGUAGCUGUUAAUCCAACAUCAGUUCUACUGGAGAACAAGAAUAAUUAGCAAGGUUUGUGUAAAAAGAGAAUCCUUUUCGUUCCUUAUUAAUCUAGCUACAGAGUCAGACAGGUGCUUUGUAAAAAUAAGUGCAUUGGAAAAUAAGGCUUUCAUUUUUGCCAUAUAGUUGUUUUUGCCAUUUCAUACAUGGCACUACACACUUCAAAUAACCACUUCUACUUUAUAGACUAUAUUAUUAAGCAUUGUAUUAUUGUAUAUAUAUAUUUGUGGGCAUCACAGCUUGUGCACUGUUUUCAUAGUAGUUUUAAUUUAAUUGUAUUUCUUUUUUUAAUGUUUUCUUCUUAAUGGGACAGUCAACACCCGACAUAACAGGAUCCCAUAUUUUGUAAACCCAAUUGAAGAGCCGCCUGCACCGCAUCCCUUAUUUAUUACCUUUGUACUCGUCCUAGUAAUCGUUCACGUUAUAUUUAGAAUUCAGCUCAAAAUAUGGCCGCCUAACUCCUCCCCUUCAUCCUUCUUCCCCAUCUCUAUGCCAUUUCAGGCACAUUCAAGUAUUGAUGAUGCUUAUCAUACAUCAUCGCGCAUGCGCAUUUGUGGUAGCAGUCAGAAAUCAGACUUAAAUAUAGAAUCCGGCUGAAACAUAUUUGCGAAAUAAAGUUCCGCUUUUUGGUUUCUAUGCAAUUGCACAUGUGCAACACUCCGUGAACAAGUUUGGAAUUUCUGACCGAGGAUUGCAUUCUGAUUGGCGGAUGCUUUCAAAAAGUAUGUAGAUACAUAACGGUGGGGGAGAGUUAGGAGGCCAUAUUUCGAUCAGAUUAACUCAUGUAUCGUGGAUAAUUACUAGGAGAAGGAAGUAGUAAGACAGAAGCGAUGCGAGGAGGCGAAUCUUCGUUUGGCUUUACAAAAUAUGGGAUCCUGUUAUGUUUGGCGUUGACUGUCCCUUUAAAGUCACCUGUAUUGCAACUCACUAAGUUUGUACUAUAUUAUAAAAGUAAACCAGGUUUCAGUAUUAGAGUAAUUAUUUUUGAACUUAAUAGCUAAUAUUUUGCACUUUUAUUUAAAAUAUAAAGCACUCAAAUAGGUAAUGUGUAAUCCUUUAGAAAAACAUAUCAAUAUUUUUCCCCCUACAAAAUGUACCAUUAUAUUGAAUGAUAAUGUUUGUUUGCAGAUAGAUCAUGAGGCUAAUAAAAUUUCAUCCAUCAUC